AUGGAUCACAACACAGGUACCGCGGCAAGCGCAGGCCAAAUGCCACAGACGCCGACCGAACUCGAGGCGCUUCCAUGGUGCCGCGCGCUCCUAAAGAGCCCCGGGAUUACAACCUUCACCCCGCAAUCCCGCGACCCAAAGAACUUGAACCCGCACGACAGGCUCUUCGGCAAGACACUCAACCACUCGGAGGGUAUACCGGCGUGUAUCAGCUUCCACCCCGAGAGUCCAGGACAGUCCGUCAUCACCGAGUUAUCGACGCUCUUUGCACUCUCACAAGGCAUCGACGGUUAUCCCGGAAUCGCCCAUGGCGGCAUGACCGCAGUGCUCAUCGACGAGGUGCUCGGCGUCCUGAUCCAGAGGAACAUGGACACUGACAGAGAUCACCCGGUGUUCAAGAUGAACACCGUGACCUCGUCGAUGGACAUCAAAUACCUCAAGCCGAUUGUCACGCCAGGGGUUGUUCUUGGGGUUGGGCAAAUCAAGGAAAUUCGCGGCAAGAAGCUGCUUCUCCGGGCGGUGUUGAAGGACGCAAAUGGAGUGGACUUGGCCACUUGCGACUCUGUAUGGAUUGGGAUCCCAAGGGUAAAGAUGUGA